AUGUCGACACCUCCUGUUCACGAAGAGCCAGCAGUGCCAAUCUUCAAAGCCGUGUCCAGUUCUGCCCGGCAGCUCUUUCAAUUACUCAAUACUAUACGAUUCGCAAGCAAAGUUCAAGUCCAAAUUAGUACUCAAGGUAUUCGAUUUGCGGUUGAAGAAUCUAGAGUAAUGCAAGGAAUUGUAUUUCUUGACAAAGCCUUGUUCACCACUUUCAAUUGCACUCUUCCCGAAUCAAAUCCCGAAGAGGAUGAAGAAGAAGAUGUAUCCUCAAAUGAUUUACCUGCUUUUCAAAUAUCUCUUUCCGCCUUACUCGAAACUUUACAAAUUUUCGGCGCAGCAGAUGCUACUUCACGAUUUUUCAGACCCGAGAAUGAAUACAACAGUAACAUUCGUCCCAAUCGACAAAAUGCAUUCAGCAAUCAUGCUUUAGGGAUGACGGGCGUAUGUCGCUUUUCCUACGCCGGAACAGGAUCUCCUUUCAGUAUUAUUCUCGAAGAAGCAGGUGUCACUACAACUUGUAACCUCAACACAUAUGAACCAGAAGAUUCGGAAGAAAUCCCAUUCCAGCGAAAUGCGAUGCAGGUUAAGAUUAUUACACAAGCUCGUUGGCUUUUCGAUGCUAUUCAGGAGCUAAAUAAUAUGACCCCAACUCGACUUGACAUUCUUGCCCUUCCUUCAAACCCCUAUUUUAGCCUAUCUGCUUCUGGCCAUUUGGGAAGCGCUAGCGUCGACUUUUCUAAGGGUAGAGAACUAUUGGAAACUUUCACUGUUAAAGAAAGGUGGUCUCAAAGUUAUCGCUUCGAUAUGGUGAAAGCUGCUGGGGAUGCUAUGAGACUAGCGAGUAAAGUUAGUGUAAGAGGGGAUGAGCAAGGUGUUUUGAGCUUACAAUUUAUGGUAGAGGUAGAUGGUGGCGGUGUUAGUUUUGUUGAUUUCAGAUUUGUGCCAUUCAUUCGAGGGGAAGAAGAUGAGGAUGAUGAGAAUAGUCAAGAGGAUGAGGAUGAUGACUUUGGAGAAGGAGGUGAUGAUGAAUAG